AUGCAGGGCACUAUAAUUGAAAACCUGAGCGGCAAGAAGCUCUCCGUGUUGGUGAUACUUCUGAUAAUCGCGCAAAUAGUCUGCUUCUUGGUAGGUGGUUUGAUCGCACCUACACCUGCUAGCAGUCAGAAUAUUCUUGGUACGCCAUGCAAAGUCGUUAGUGUUAAUGGAUCUUACAACAAAAAUACAUGGUUUUACUCAAGAGGAGAAGGUUCCUGUACUUCUGUUGAUAUGCAUCACUUUACUUUAGACAGUCAACAGGCUUAUCAAGUUGUGUAUACAUUCCAGAUGCCUGUACCUCGAAAUAGCAUGCAACUUGAUUAUUCGAGAUGGCAGCAAAAUUUAAUAGGCGUUUUACAAGUAGAUAUAUCAUAUACCAGCCAGAUUGAAAUCGCUCCUAGGACGAAAAUAACAUUGGAUGCACGACUAGCUUAUCGAAACAAGGGAGAUCCAGAUAAUGCAUGGAAACCAUACGCUGCUUCUGUUGUGGAGAGAAUUUUGGACUGUAGCAUAGACAAGCCACUGGAGCACUAUAAUUACAACUGUAGCGUUAUGCCACUGUUUGAAUUGGGAUCUUUGUAUCAUGAUUAUUAUUUGUUAAAUAUUCGUCUCCCUUCUGAUCUUGAUAAAAAUCAAGGAUUAGGACACAUUGUUGAUUUAUGGCUUACCGCUAUUAAUCAAAAUGGUGGAUUCACAAAGGUGUGGGUGAUUCUAAAGACCAUUUAUUUCCCAGUGGUAUUAAGUGUUUUAGCUUGGUAUUGGAGAAGGGUGUACAUGCUAUCUAGAUCUCCUGCCCUUUUGGAGUACAUGCUGUUAGCUUUGGGUUCUGCCUUAACAUUUUUAAAUCUGCCACUAGAAUAUUUAACACUUGCUUAUGACAUGCCAUUUAUGCUUCUGCUGGGUGAUAUUCGACAAGGAGUAUUCUAUGCCACAUUGUUAUCAUUUUGGCUUGUAUUUGCCGGCGAACAUUUAAUGAUUCAGGAGGGCGAACAAACCAAUUCAUUAAAAUGUUACUGGCGGCAUCUCUCUGCAGUAGGUACCGGUUGCCUCUCACUAUUCGUAUUCGAUAUGUGCGAGCGUGGGGUACAACUGAGAAACCCCUUUUAUUCAAUAUGGGUCACUGAUCUUGGCACAAAGUUGGCACUAUCUUUCAUUAUUCUGGCUGGUAUAUCGGCUGGAGUAUAUCUAUUGUUUUUAUCUUAUAUGAUAUGGAAAGUAUUCAUGAACAUUAGUGCAAAGAGAGCCGUUUUACCUAGCAUGAGCUCAGCUCGUCGCCUGCAUUAUGAAGGUAUCAUAUAUCGGUUCAAAUUUUUAAUGAUUGCCACGCUGUUAUGCGCGUCAUUAACUGUCAUUGGUUUUAUACUUGGACAGGUUGCAGAAGGUCAGUGGAAAUGGGACGAAGAUUUACAAUUGGAAAUGACUUCUGCCUUUUUCACUGGUGUCUAUGGCAUGUGGAAUAUUUAUAUUAUUGCAUUAUUAUGUCUCUAUGCGCCUUCCCAUAAGCAAUGGCCAAUUGAGCCAUCUGAGAACAGUAUUAGUGAAGAAAUCGAAUUUUCUCCCUUGCCAACUGAUCCUAAUGAGAUGUUAUCUCUGACUGCAUUUGCACGAAAAACAGCAGUAGAGUAAAGUAUAUAUUUCUCUUUGUGUAUAUUUUGUAAGA